AACAAGAUCCAUUUUGUUUACUUUUUAUUGUUUAGAAUUUUUAUUCAUAUUUUAUAUUAUAAGUCAUUUAUAGUCAUUUUACACAAUCUUUCAUAUUAAAAAGAACUUCUAAUAGUUUUACAGCCAAACACUCGGCUGUUUUUUUUUUUUUUUUUGAAAAGUACUUAUCUAAAAGCUCCAGCCUGAAGCUGCUUCUACAAAAGCUACCGCAGGGCCAAACUAAGUUGGUAUUGCAUUGCAUCCUUCCUAGUUCAUCGUAGUACAAUUAGAUUCUAAAUUCGGAUUGCUCAUAUAGAAUAUCGGAUGGCUCAUAUCGAAUAGAUUUGCCAAAGUUGAUAAUAUGCCCUUUUCUACAAAGGUUUUCGGCUGUGAAAUUACAUUUUUACAUGCACAUGAUAAGUUUUCACUCUUCAUUCUCGAUUUUAGAGUAUUUUUACUUACUGGGAAUUAGUGGGAAAUGAGGUCAUGUAAGGUUGUCAUCCCUGCAAUUUCUGAUGAUUAGUGAUUGAGCGCAUUUUUCUAGGUUUUAAAUGCUUGCUUGUACCUUCCUCAGACCAUCUUCAAUAGGGUGCUAAGAAAGUCAAAUCUUGGAGGUAUUUUUUUUUUUUUUACUUUUGGCUAACCAAAAUGUGUUUUGCUCCAUUGUUGAUAACUGAAAAAGGCUUAGGCUUAAUUCAUCUGUAUAGUCAUAAUUUUCAUGUUUUUACAAUAAUAACCACUUUUUGAAAAAUACACAAUUGUAGUCAUAUAUUGGAAACUUGUUUGCCAAAAUUAGUCAUUUCCGUAAAAAAAAAUUUAACACUAGGGGAGGCGACUGGUCGGUUUUGGUUUAAUCGAAAAACUCGGUUAUUGGUUAAACCGAGCCAUCCCACACGGCUGGCGACCAGCGACCGUGAGAGAGCCAUGGCUAACCGACCAGCGACCGGUAAGUUAUCGAUUAUUGGUUCUGUUAGCCAUGGUAACCGGACUUAUGGCUCUCGGUUUGGAUUUUUGAUUGUUGAAGGGAUAGGACGGGCAGAGACAGGGUUGGCGUCGAUUCUAUGGGCCGUCGACGAUAAAGCGGCAGAGGGGCACGGUCUCGUGAAGGAGGAGAUGGCGCGGCAGAGGCGCAGAGCAGCGCGAUCGCGGCAGAGGGGCGUGGUUGCUGGGAGGAAGAGAGACCACCAGCAGCAAGCAAGGGCGCGAGGUGCCGGCGAUGUCACGGUUGAUCGGCAACGUCACCAGGAGCAGGCGAUGCGAGCACAGGACUGGGCUUCUUCUCUAUUUUGCGCCACUGCCGUCGGGGUGGUGAGGCGAGACGAGAGGGAGAUAUGCAGAGGCGUCGAAGUUGGGGUUAGAGUUGUUAGGUUAGGUCGUUUUGGGGGUUGGGGCCUUAUGGGUCGUUUUGGGGGUUGGGGAGUCAUUUUUGGGGGGGAAGGGCAGGUCGUUUUGGAAGGGCUGGAGAGAGGGUCGGUUAGACGAUUAGCUGACCAUCUCCCCAACUUUUCCGACAACCGAAUGCCAUCAAUUACGAAUGGCUUUUGAUUAAUUGAAAACAGAUCAGUUUCGGUUGAAACCAACGAUUAACUGAUAACCGGUAACUAUUCGUCCACCCCUAUUUAACACUGUUAGCAUGUGUUGAUAUGGAUGCCACCUUAGCUCCAGCUAGACUCACACACCACCUGGACGCCCCGUCAAAUUAAAAUCUUAAUUUCUUACAAAAUAAUAUUUAUAUUAUUAUUACUGUUAUCUUUCUCUUUUUCCCUCCCCAUCGUUACCGUUCGCUUCAUCUCCCACUCCAAAGCUUUGAUUUCUUCCUUUCCUACUCCUCUCUCUUUGAUUUUUUUUAUUCCUUCUGGAAAGGCUAACCGAUGAGCAACAGAUUCCAGUAUCAAUUCUCGUCGUUCAGAUCAGUUGAGGGUGUCGUUCCUGGGUUCCACCGCCACUGCCACCAUCAAAUACCUAUCGAGGGGGGAACGAUCUCUCUUCGCCGACCAGAUUUAUCAGAGCCGGGGAGGAUUUGAAUCCCGACCAUCGCCAUUGAACCACCUCUACUUUGCUGAAUCCAAAAAGCAUCGAACAAGAAAUCAGGGAGGAUUUGAAUUGCCCCGUUCAUAAUCCGCUCACCAUCGCCAUUACUCAAUCGUGGCUUUAUUUUUUUCAUAUCUAGUUCUUCUUCCACUCCAUAACCAAACCAGCCAACAAGAUCUCGAAGAAUAGAGCAAUCAACUUAUGAAUAGGUUUUGAUAGAGACGAUGGAAAACUAGUCAUAGGAGAAGAUGAAGAGAGACGAGAGGGACCAAUGAAGAACCAAUUCCUGUGUACGCGCCCUUUCAGUUUGCUUUUCUCCUCUGUAUAUUUGGAAGCAGCAGUGGCAGAUUUGGUUGCCUUGACAAAGUCCCUAAUCGAUGACAGAAGUCCAGCCAUCAGGAAAGAUGAAGAAGGAGAUGACGGAGGCCAAGGAAGAACCCGAUUCUUGGGUACUUGUCGCAGUUCCGACAUGCGCAGAUCUGGUCGCCUUCGAGGUCUUAAUCAACAAUAGGGAUUUCUCUAUUUUUGCUUCUUCAACAACGGGUUAUGGCUUCGUAAUUGAAUUUAUGUUCCGAUUAAUCUUGUUUCCCCAAUUCAUAUUCAUUCGCCAUAGUUCAAUUUGAGGGUAGAUGGAAGAACCGGCGUAUUAGUUAAAGUUUAAUGUGGGAGUGUAUUUUUUUUUUUGUUUGACAAAAGAGAAAAGGAAGUGUAGAUAAAAGAGAAAAAGAAGACGAAGAAAACUAAUGAAUUUUUUCAUUUUGGUUUUUUAUUUAAAAUUUCUUUUACUUAUCGUAUAAUUACAAUAAAGUCAACAUUCCACCUGGAAGUGGAUUUGACGAAAAGUCGCCAUGUCAGUUGUCACCAUAAACAUUUUUCUAGUCAACAUUUGUGAAUGUACUAUUAAAGUUUUGGACGGAAUGGCAACAACUGUGUAUUUUUCAAAAAGUGGCUAUUAUUGUAAAAAAUGCGAAGGUUAUGGCUAUGCAGGUGAAUUAAGCCCUAAAAAACCAAAAGUUUCAUAGUUGGUUUUUUUUUGUUGAUCUCCAUUAGUGUAAAUUUCAACACAUGAAUUAGAUUAUUUAUUCAUAAGUUUAUAUGUGUAGCUAUAAUUAACUAAGACGAGCAUUUUGAUGUAAUUUUUUAAAUUUGGAUAUUAAAAAGAUUUUGACUUCAAAUAUGACGUUAUCAAUGAAGAAAAGGUUUAGAUGGUCAUAGAUUCAUCACAUGUUUGUCAUAUUGAGUUGUAUCAUCAACUACUCAUCCAACUUUUGUCAGAUUAAGUUGUGCCAUCAACUGCUCAGCCAACGAUUGUUAGAUUGAAUUGUGCCAUCAACUGCUCAUCCAACUUUAAUCAUAAUGAGUUGCGAUAUCAACUAUUCAUUCAACUUUAAUAAUAAUGAGUUAUUGCA